CGCCACCGCUGCGCUCUAGCCUGGGUGACAGAGCGAGACCCUGUCUCAAAAUUAAUUAAUUAAUUAAUUUAAAUAACAAACAACAAAACCCGAGCCGUGCGGGCUCUGGGCUGGGCCGCCUCCCCGGUGGAGGGGGCUCCCUCUCAGGCUGACCGCCAGCCGCUGGGUCUGGGGACUGCCGGAUCUGGAGGCGCGGGGACCCCCGCGCACCUGACGGCUCCCAGGACGCCCCCCUGAGGCAGGCGGGAGGGCAGCACGGAGACGCCCCUCUGGGCAGAGUCCGCCCCAGCCACUCCCCUCUCCAACUCGACCUGCCUCGGCAAGUCCUGAGUGUCGCAAAAGUGCUAGGGUUGCGAGUGGCACCAGAGAGGUCCCCUUGUCCCGGGGUCCAUUUGAGGGUGAGCGUGUUGGUGCCGAGCUGUUUUUUUGUUUUGUUUUGCUUUGUGUUUUUGAGACCGAGUCUCGUUCUGUCGCCCAGGCUGGAAUGCAGUGGUGUGAUCUUGGCUCACUGCAACCUCCACCUUCCGGGUUCAAGUGAAUCUCCUGCCUCAGCCUCCUGAGUAGCUGGGAUUACAGGCACCCGCCACCACGACCAGCUAAUUUUUGUAUUUUUAGUAGAGACAGGUUUUCACCAUGUUGGCCAGGAUGGUCUCAAUCUCCUGACCUCAGGCGAUCUGCCUGCCUCAGCUUCCCAAAGUGCUGGGAUUACAGGUGUGAGCCACUGCACCCAACCAGUGCUGAGCUGUUUUGACAACUCGGACCCCGGGUCCUCUGUGGGUAGGAAAAUCAGCUCCCUCUUUGCUCCUCUGGGGCAGCUGCACCUCGGGCCAGCUUCCUGCCUGUCUCCCUGCCAGCACUGCUGGGUCGCCGUCCCCAAACGCACAGCCGGUGCCCUGUGCUAGAAGGUCUUCAGUUUCCAGAAAAGCCAAAGCAUCUUUGGACCUACGUAGGGAAGGACCUGCCUGUGACCUUUGCCCUGUCCUGGAGGGUCCAGCUUUGGGCUGAAUGGCAGCACCCACGCUGGGCCGUCUGGUGCUGACCCACCUGCUGGUGGCCCUUUUUGGCAUGGGCUCCUGGGCUGCUGUGAAUGGGAUCUGGGUAGAGCUGCCUGUCGUGGUAAAAGACCUUCCAGAGGGUUGGAGCCUCCCCUCAUACCUCUCUGUGGUUGUGGCGCUGGGAAACCUGGGUCUGCUGGUGGUGACCCUGUGGAGGCAGCUGGCCCCGGGCAAGGGCGAGCAGGUCCCCAUCCAGGUGGUACAGGUGCUGAGUGUAGUGGGCACAGCCCUGCUGGCCCCUCUGUGGCACCACGUCGCCCCAGUAGCAGGGCAGCUCCACUCUGUGGCCUUCCUAACUCUGGCCUUGGUGUUGGCAAUGGCCUGUUGUACCUCUAACGUCACUUUCCUGCCCUUCCUGAGCCACCUGCCACUCCCUUUCUUACGGUCUUUCUUCCUGGGUCAGGGUCUCAGUGCCCUACUGCCCUGUGUGCUGGCCCUAGUGCAAGGUGUGGGCCGCCUCGAGUGCCCGCCAGCGCCCACCAAUGGCACCUUUGGGCCUCCCCUCGACUUCCCUGAGCGUUUUCCUGCCAGCACCUUCUUCUGGGCACUGACUGCCCUUCUGGUCACUUCAGCUGCCGCCUUCCAGGGUCUCCUGUUGCUGUUGCCAUCACUACCCUCUGUAACCACAGGGGGCUCAGGGCCUGAACUUCAGUUGGGAUCCCCAGGAGCAGAGGAGGAAGAGAAGGAGGAAGAAGAGGCUUUGCCAUUGCAGGAGCCACCGAGCCAGGCAGCAGGCACCAUCCCUGGCCCAGACCCUGAGGCCCAUCAGCUGUUCUCAGCCCAUGGUGCCUUCCUGCUGGGCCUGAUGGCCUUCACCAGUGCCCUGACCAAUGGCGUGCUGCCUUCUGUGCAGAGCUUUUCCUGUUUGCCCUAUGGGCGCCUGGCCUACCACCUGGCUGUGGUGCUGGGCAGUGCCGCCAACCCCCUUGCCUGCUUCCUGGCCAUGGGCGUGCUGUGCAGGUCCCUGGCAGGGCUGGUUGGUCUUUCUCUGCUGGGCAUACUCUUUGGGGCCUAUCUGAUGGCACUGGCAAUCCUGAGCCCCUGCCCACCCCUGGUGGGCACCACUGCAGGGGUGGUCCUUGUGGUGCUGUCGUGGGUGCUGUGUCUGUGUGUGUUCUCAUACGUGAAGGUGGCUGCAAGCUCUCUGCUGCAUGGUGGGGGUCAGCCGGCAUUGCUGGCAGCUGGUGUGGCCAUCCAAGUGGGCUCCCUGCUUGGUGCCGGUGCCAUGUUCCCUCCCACCAGCAUCUACCACGUGUUUCAAAGCAGAAAGGACUGUGUAGACCCCUGUGGCCCCUGAGCCUGGGCAGGUGGGGACCCAACUCCACCCCACCUGUCUUCAUCGUGAGGCUGCCGCAGUGCCUGACUACUUGUGGCCCAGGCAGGCUUCCCCCAACACAGGAAUGCUCAUGGACGCCUGCACACUCCACAGAAGACGCUAGCAUGUCAGGCCAGGGUGGGCACCAAAGACCAGGCCCGGAGCCAGGGGACAGGCCGGGGCUGUGGGCUUGGCCCCAGGGCCUGAGAUCUUUGUGGGAUUUGUGCAAUAAAGUGUUUUUAUUGAAAACAAACAAACAAAAAAAACUAAUGAAAACCUUGUAAGAAAUAUAUAAUGAAAUCAGGGAACUGGAUUAAAUAAUUUUUCAUAUAUA